AUGAAGAGCUAUCAAAACACUGGACAGGAAAAGUUCGUUCGAGUUACAAUCAGACUAAAUUCUGAUUAUAACAAGACUGUGUCAGGAAGAAAGCAGGAAUUCAUAGAUCAUAUUCGCAAACAAAUAGCCGAUCUUCUACAAACUCAAUUGUCUACUAUUCGAGGUCUUACAGUUAGAAGAGGAAGUAUUGUUGUUGAUUUCAACAUGACAAGUUCUAACAACUCAGAGGGAAAAGCUGAAGAAUUGAAGAAAAUGAGUGAGAAUGGAACAUUGGCAUUAACAAGUCUUGAUGGUGAACAGAUGCCUGUUCAUUCUGUUUCUAUGGAGACGAUUGAAACAGAAGAACCCCCUUAUGAAAAUAUUUUAAUAUCUACAACAGAUACUUAUUUUACUGACGAUAUUUCAUCAACUCUUGACUUGGAUAGUACGGAAGAAACCUCUAGCGAAACCUUGACAACAGACUUUACUGAUGAAACGAGUGAGUUCACAGGAACGACAGAAGAUCUUUCAGCUAGUACUGACAAUACUGAAGAAACGAGUCUUUCAGAGAUGAGUUAUUCUACCCAAUUACCAACUACCUUUUCACAGAUUAGUUCUUCUAGCCAAUCAUCAACUAGUUCUUCACAGAUUAGUUCUUCUAGCCAAUCACCAACAAGCUCCAGUAGUCCUACAUCGUCAAGUCCUUCUCCAACGUCAUCUUCACAAUCGACAGAAGCUCCUUCUGUUGCCUCAUCUUCAUCCAUAACUCGAAAACCUACUACUAACAGUAUUAGCACUGUGAAAAUAUCAGUUGCGUUUAAGUUUGAUGAUAAAUAUGACAUCGUUGUCAAAGGACGAGAACAGAAAUUCAAAAAUCAUAUAGUAUCUCAACUCUCCUUAAAAAUAAGACUCCCGGAAAAGUGUUUUCAGGAUAUUACUGUGUCUGAAGGUAAAUGA